CACCGCGCGGCCAUGGACCUGUGGCCGUGGCUGAGCGCGGCGCUGCUGCUGCUGCUGCUGCUCGUGCAGCUGAGCCGCUCCGCCCGCUUCUACGCCAAGGUCUCCCUGUACUGCGCGGCCUGCUUCGUGAUGUCCAUCGUGGCCGCGGCUGUCUGCCUGCUGCGCCACGGCGGCCGGACGGUGGAGAACAUGAGCAUCAUCAGCUGGUUCGUCCGGUCCUUCAAGUACUUAUACGGCCUUCGCUUUGAAGUCAAGGACCGCCACAAGCUGACAGUGGACCACCCCUGUGUCAUUGUCUCCAACCACCAGAGCAUCCUGGACAUGAUGGGCCUCAUGGAGAUCCUCCCGGAGCGCUGCGUGCAGAUCGCCAAGCGGGAGCUGCUCUUCAUGGGCCCCGUGGGCCUGAUCAUGUACCUCGGGGGUGUCUUCUUCAUCAACCGCCAGCGCUCCAGCACCGCCAUGACUGUGAUGGCCGAAGUGGGCGAGCGCAUGGUCCAGGAGAACCUCAAGGUGUGGAUCUACCCUGAGGGCACACGGAACAACACCGGGGACCUGCUGCCUUUCAAGAAAGGUGCCUUCUACCUGGCGGUCCAGGCCCAGGUGCCCAUCAUCCCCGUGGUGUACUCCAGCUUCACGUCCUUCUACGACCCCAGGACAAAGCUCUUCACCUCAGGAACCAUCAAGGUGGAGGUGCUGGACGACAUCCCCACCAGUGGGCUCACCGUCGACGACAUCCCCCAGCUCAUGGACACCUGCCACCAAGCCAUGAGAACGACCUUCCUGCGCAUAUCUAAGGCACCCCAGGAGAACGGGGCCACCGCGGGGACUGGGGCCCAGCCAGCCCAGUAGCCACGGCUGCCAUCAGGAGGACCUGGAGGCGCGAGGGCAGGAGCUGGCUCGAGAGUGGACAGAGGGACGCGCCCAGUCCCCACGCGGGUCCCCUCCUGCAGCGUGGCGGCUGUCGCCUGGGCCCCAGAAGCAGGGGGCCCCUUCCUGUCAACUGGUUUCAGAUCCAGGUUGCUGAUGUCCCUGCUGCAGAGUCAGCUGGACACCCCACACUCUGAGGGCGGGACCCCGUCCGCCCUGUGCCUCCAGGACUGGGUGUGGGAGCAGGCAGGGCCCGACCCAAGGCCUGCAUCAGGCUGGGGAGGCGGGCUCAGGGCCAGGCCAUGGGAGCAGAGUAGGUACUGCCUGUGGCUGUUUUUUAUAAAGGACUCUUGGAAGUGC